CGCCGUACGCCGUCGCCGAUAUAAAAUAAAACGACGCACGGGUCUAAAGUUAAGUUAGGUUAGGUUAUGUUCACCAUGUGUGAGAGAUUUGUAACUUUAUUUAUCUCUCUAUAAAAAAGAAGUAAUAAUUACGUAUAUUAGUGACAGUGUUUUGUUAUAUUGAUCAUAACCAAAAUUCAGUUAGGAAACAAAUGGAGAAAAAACCGAAAGUUAUCGUUUUUGAUUUAGAUUAUACCUUAUGGCCGUUUUGGGUAGACACUCAUGUAGAUCCACCAUUUAAGAAAGGAGCACAAAAUAAAGUAGUAGAUGCACUUGGUCGUAAUGUAAAUUACUAUUCUGACGUUUCUGAUGUAUUGAAACAAUUAUCAGAAGAAGGAUAUGAACUCGGUAUAGCGUCACGUACAUCAGAAAUAAAGGGAGCUAAACAAUUAAUAGGUCUCUAUGAUUGGAAGAAGUAUUUCAAAUAUAUUGAAAUAUUUCCCGGUAGCAAAGUCGUACAUUUUUCUAACAUUCAAAAGAGUUCUCAUACUGAUUAUAAAGAUAUGAUAUUUUUUGACGAUGAGGAUAGAAAUAUCAUAGAAGUUGGUAAACUUGGAGUACAUGCUGUAUUAGUUAGAGGUGGUAUAAGUCAUCGUAUUGUAGAAGAUGCUCUGCAAUCAUUUAGUAAUAAAUAAUUGUGUAAAUA